GCACAGCCGACUUUAAUAGAGGAUGCUGACACCUGGUGGGCAAAGAAGACACUAAUGCAGGUCUUGCAGGAGAACGCUCAGCUGCGAGAGAGGCUGGCCAAGACGAAGGCAGCGCUGUCCUACAGUGAGGCCCUGCUGAGCAGCGGGGAGGUCCCACAGCCACCGCUGGCGUCAGUCCCCCCUGCGGUGGCGGCCAGCGCGGCUGCGCGGCGGCCGGCAGACUCCCCAGCCCAGCCAGAGAAGCGCCAAAAGAUUUGCUGACAUGCUGUGGCGUCCUUCAUCAGUUGCCAAAAAGUUAAACUAUCCUUUAGUCAUCCCUGCGUGGAGAGGCGAGGGAGGUCGCCCUUUCAUGCAAUAAAUUUGAUAGCCUGACGUGUCUCCCUGCCUAAGCUGGGGGCCUGCAUGGAUGUGCUGUCCAUGGAUCAGCACAUAAAUGUCUUGCUGGUUUUCAGCAGCCACCUGGCCUCACUUUUCAGGGUUUUAGGUUGACACAUUUUCAAUGGCACAGCAGAAUCCUCAUGAGGUGAAACAACUGGUAGUCUGCUGAGCACAACACCGCAGUUCAUGGACAGCAGGCGUCAGAAACAGAAAGACAUAGUAGCGAGUGUGCGUGCAUUGCACUUGCCAACCAGCGUGCUCGCUGUUGAAGCCAUAGUAUUCCUCCUCAGUGAUUGAUGUUUCAAGGCACACGCUGCUGCCUUGUGUGACGUGUCAGCGGACUGUGCGUUGGAGUCCUGGCUGGGCUUUUGCCAGAGUCCAGCAGGUCUACUUGAACUUGAUGGUAUAUUUGCUGCAUUGCAUCCAUACCAUAAGCUGCUUGCCCCCAAAUGCACAGCAAUUGGUGCGCAUUACUGAGGAUUCCUAGACAUGCGAUUGGCACCUCUGUCAAGUUGCUCGGAUUAAGUCACCUGUGAUAGGAGUGAGUCACCUGCGCCUGUGUGUGUGGUGAAGUUCAGCUAAGGCAACACUGGUUGCUGGUGUGUCUGGGCCUGAUAUUUACCGCUGAGGCGGCGGCAUGUGCCGGCAUGUGCUCAUAUUGGAAUCUGAGUUUGAAUUGCCGACUCUUGGGGCUUGUACCCAUGUGCUGAGGCAUGUGCUGGCACCACCAUUGUCUCGAAUAGGCUGUGUGAUGAGAUAAAAUCCCCCAGCAACGAUCUGACUCCUCAUGUUUUGGAGGGCUGGUUCAAUCCUGCUUGUUAUAAUCAUUGAAUGGCCUGCCGCUAGGUGGGCGGCAUUGAUUUUAAUGAGUCGUGCCAGAAUUGCAUUUGGCAGUGCAUAAGCUUGUAAAUCUAUUGUUACAUAAGUGCAAAGCCC